AAGGAGCUCGUACCACGUGACGAGUAACUGCGGAAGUGACACAACGGCCAGGCGUGACACCAUUGACAUCACCAUUUAUAGUGAUACUCUGGUACAGACUACAGACUGUGUGACGAAUAAUCUGGAGACUGAAUAGAAAUUGGAAUACUGCGGUGUUUCAUUGCUAACCUUUUCCGCACACAGUCUGACAAAGAGGUGGUGAAAACAGUUAUCAGGGUAACAAUGUUCGACUACGACUUGUCUAUAGACCCCGAGGAGCUGGAGCCGUGUCCAUAUGACAAGGCGCACAUGGUCCGUCGCAAACGUAUGCAGUACCAUCUCAUGAAAUGCAGAAAGAAUCAUACAGCAAAGGAUUUUGCGACCUGUCCAUUUAAUGCCACCCAUGAGAUGCCUCGACCAGAGCUGAGGUUCCACAUCGCAACAUGUCCAAACAAAGCUGUCCUUGAGAGGGAGAUUGCACAUGACCAUGAGUUGCAAAGUGAUGAAGUGGGCACUUUCAAAGGCUGCACUGAUGUCCCAGCGUACAAUCAGUACGAAAUAACUUGCACAGAAAGCUGGGAUGAGGAGGUGAAUCCCCAUCCAAGAAUAGGUGUCAACCCAGAAUUCCUGGAUAAAGUCAAGUUCAAGAACAUCACAGGAAUGACUCCGGCUGAGAAGCGGUCCUUUCACAAAUACCUGAAUCCAGAACAUAUAGAGCCAGAAGUUCCCGCCCAGCAGAACAAGGAGAACCAGACGCCCAACCCCGAUGGCAAGCUCCGCCUCCCCAACAACAAGCCUCAAGCAUUCAGCAUGUACCAGUCGGCACCCCCAGCACCCACACAGCAGAUGCCCUCUGCAGUCUUUGCCUACUCCCUGGCUCAGUGCGGACUAGGGCGGGGCAUGGGAGCUAAAGGUGGCAAUGCCCCUCGUCCAGGCACCACAGGCUUGUCCAUGGGAAGAGGUAGGGGUGUUGUCAACGUGGCCCCACAGCCAGUCAGACCAUCUGCUCAGCCAUCUCCUCGCACUCACAAACCUGUUGCCCAAGUCGUCCCAGCGACAGCCCAGCGGCCAGAACAUCCCUACGAAGAUAUCCCACCCUGUCAGCCAGCUCCACAACCAUCAAUCAACAUUCAAGCUCCGGUUGGGGUGUUCCCUGACCAGACCCGGGUCAAGCCUGUGGGGCGGGGGAGGAGUGUCGGCGCCCCGUCUCCUGCAGCCUGCUAUGCUGGUUUGGGUGGCGGCGACUCUCCGCUGACUGGUGGCCGUGAUGGCAAGACGAGGGGGAGUUCAGCAAAGGCCAGUAACUCUGGUCAGCUUUGUGACUGGUCAGCCUUGAACCUUGGAAGCAAGAGUAACGGAGCAUCGUUUGGCACUGGUCAUGGCAGAGGAUCACCCAGAGCAGGUGUGAAUCCCGCCUUUGUUGUGCCGAAAGUUACUGCGCACAAUGGCAAUGGGAAGAUGCCUACCAAGGACUGGUUUGACUCAGCCGGUGGCAGCUCCACGUUUGGAACUGAAACACAGGCUGGUACUCACGGAAUCGAAGGUGCUAAGAAAAAGAAACAGUUAAUGAAGAAAAUUCGCCAGAUUGAAGCUCUGGAAAUUAAGAUGAAGGCUGGGCAGACCCUCAGCACGGAUGAGGAGGUCAAGAUCGCCAAGAAAGAAGAGCUUGAAGAACUACUGCUGGCGCUGAGCAUUUGAAGCCAGGCUGGGAAGACUAGCCCGAUGACUCCCACCAAUUUGUGUGCCAUUUACAGAAGUUUUACCUGCCAUAUUGUCACUUUUAAUACUAUACAUGGUACUAUUAGCUGUUUUAUCAGUUUAUUAUUUACUUGUAUUUAGCUUACUGUGAUGCUACCAACAUAUUUUAUCAUAUUUACUAUGUAUUAACUAUACUGGAAUUAGAUAUCCAGUUAUUUUAAGACAUACCUAUCAUAUAUACAUAGGUCUUUGUCAUGAUUAGAUAUCCAGUUUUUAGGACCUACUUAUCAUAUAUACAUAGGUCUUUGUCAUGAUUAGAUAUCCAGUUUUUAGGACCUACCUAUCAUAUAUACAUAGGUCUUUGUCAGGAUUAGAUAUCCAGUUUUUAAGACCUACCUAUCAUAUAUACAUAGGUCUUUGUCAGGAUUAGAUAUGAUGUGAUUACUUCUGGCAAACGUCUUUGGUUAUUUUAUUUUUUUAACAAGUGUCUCUGUUUUAUUGACACCAGGAAGCUGCUAUAUUCCAUGUGUUGCUGUACCAGAGUAGUGGGUGUUUAAAUGUUUCAGUAUAUACUUUGUAUGCUGUUAGCUGCUGGACAGGUGUAUUUUAACCAUGACGCAAAGUGCUUUGUUAUGUAUUUGCAUGCUAUUAUCUUUACAUACACUAUAUUAUGGUCAAAAUAAACAUUUAUAUCUUAAA